AUGGGUGGACUGUUGUCGUUCCCAAUCGUGCGCCCAUCUUCUUUCAGGAUCAUAUCUGACUGUGACGCUGAACUGAUAUUACAACUCUAUCACUUGUUUUCAGAUAGUUUCGUUGGCAAACUUGUCAAGUUCGCUCCACAUCUCGCCGUCCCCUUCGCGGGUUUCAUUGGCUUAGUUACCGCCUCACGUUACCGGCGGCCAGCGUCCACGGUGGUGCGAGACCAGAGGGUCAAUAUUCCUUACAUUAGGACAGAAUCUGCCCGUGGUAGAAGGAUCGAAAUCUUCUCACACUAUGUUGCAAGGCAGAUAGGAUUUGACGAUGCUAGCGAGGUUCCAUAUCUCUGCAAAUUGGCCCAAGACUAUUUGAGAAAAUCCGAAGGGUGCGAUGAAAGCAUCUAUGAGUAUCUCUCCAACGCCAAUGAGGAUACUGAUUCUCUAUAUGUGAAAUUGGUUGAUGAGUUUGAGAGAUGCAUUCUCAAUUAUUUUGCAUUUCACUGGAACCAAGCUUCAUCUGUCAUUAGUCAGGUUUUGAAUAUUGAGUCUCAGCAGAGAACAAGGCUGAAAGAAAUUAUGUUGGCAGCUACAAGGAAAGAGAGAUUUGGGACAGUAACCAAGAAUCUAAAGAUGACAAGGAUGUUUUCUACAUUGGUGGAAGAGAUUAAAGCAAUAAAAGGUGACUCACAAUCUAAAGACGUCAUGGUCCCCAUGGCCCACUGUGAGAGGAACCCAGUGCUGCUGCUUAUGGGGGGUGGCAUGGGAGCUGGAAAGAGCACUGUUCUUAAAGACAUUCUUAACGAACCAUUUUGGUUAGAAGCAGUUACAAACGCUGUGGUUGUUGAAGCAGAUGCUUUUAAGGAGAGUGACGUCAUAUAUAGAGCCCUUAGCUCCAGGGGUCACCACGAUGACAUGCUCCAAACUGCUGAAUUGGUGCAUCAAUCUUCCACUGAUGCUGCAUCAUCUCUGCUAGUGACAGCUCUAAAUGAAGGUCGAGACGUGAUCAUGGACGGUACCUUAUCAUGGGAACCUUUUGUGGAGCAGACAAUUGCUAUGGCAAGAAAUGUUCACAAGCAUAGGUACCGAAUGGGGGUAGGGUAUAAAGUAACCGACGAUGGGACAGUUAUUGAAGAUUACUGGGAGCAAGUAAUAGAGCCAGAAAAAGGACAUCAAUCAGAGAAAAAUGGUAAGGGAGAACCACAAACUCGAAAGCCUUACAGAAUUGAGCUAGUUGGUGUGGUUUGUGAUGGCUAUCUUGCAGUCGUUAGGGGCAUUAGGAGAGCUAUUAUGACAGGGAGGGCAGUGAGGGUGAGUUCACAAUUGAAAUCUCACAAAAGAUUUGCUGAUGCAUUUCCAAGAUAUUGCAAACUUGUUGAUAAUGCCAGGCUCUAUUGCACAAAUGCUGUUGGUCAUCCAAAGAAGCUCAUAGGGAGGAAGGAUUGUUAUCACGAUCUACUGGUGGAUCCGGAAGAUAUCGAAUGCUUGGAAACGAUAGGCAGUUUGAAUGCUGAAGCUGAUUCCAUAUUCGAACUUCACAAGGAACCUAGCCCUAUAAUGCAACCUGGUUCUGUUUGGACUGAAAUUGUUCAAUCACCUUCAAGAUCAAGGGAUCAGGAAGAAUUGAGGGAAUCCAUUAAGAAAAUAGAGAAAAUCCAUUAGAAAAAUGUAACCAAUAUUGUUGCGCAAUUAUUGCA